AUGGCUUCAUACUCGACCGCCAGCGAGGCCUUCACUCGCGAGAAGCAAACCCCCUCCGACACAAAUACAUCUACAGCAGCCUGGGCCGACAAGUACCGCGGUGCAACAAUCGAAGACCUCGACCCUCCCGCGGCGCUCUCAAUCUCCUCCGAAGACCCAAUCUCCACAGCCCUAAUGGCCGCCUACGAGCGCGACUACACGCACCUCACCGUUAUCUCCCCGACAAAGCGCUCCCUGCUAGGCUACCUCAGCAUCCCACGGCUACGUGAGCUACUGCAGAGCGGCACCGUGAAAGAAAGCGACCCCGUCUCCGCGGCAAUGCAGCGGUUCAACCGCAAACGCGGUCUCUACCAGGUCAUCACGAUGAACACGCCGCUCGAGGAGCUCGAGAACUUCUUCGAGAGCGAGACGGGGCCGAAUGGCGAGAAGCGCGAGAAGCAGCAGUUUGCUGUGGUCACUGAUGAGGCGCGCAAGUUUGUGCUGGGUGUUGCUACCAAGGCGGACUUGGAGGAGUUUGUCAAGCGCAGACCUACCUAA